AGUCCCUUUGCUUUCUCCGAAGUGCCACUGAGCAGCUGCUGCCCAGAGCCCAGGCAAGUCUCCUUUCCAGCCUGCCCAGUAACAGAGCCAGGGCUGCCGAUCUGCUCCCUCUCUCCUGCCCGGCUUCUGUCUCACAAUUACAAAAUCCGUUUGGGGAGAAAAGCAAAAAUCACACUUCACACAGCUGCACUGUGUUGAGGGCAGGAGGCGAGGGAAGUGGGAAUUCCUACUUUCGCCAUAAAUUGUAUGCAAAUGGGGUUCUCUUCCUGGCAGAGAGCAGGCAGUGAGUGUGUCUUUCAUGAGCUAACCCCAUUCCGCUGGGAGGGCUGUUCCUUUAAUUCAGCAACUGAAAAAGUGGGAAAGGAUGUCUGGAGGCGAGGCGUCCCAUUACAGAGGAAGGAGCUUGCUAUAUAAGCCCGCCAAAGCUGGCUGCGCUGGCCACAGCCUGCCCACUGUCACACACUCUCCCCUCGCAGACUUACGCCUGCCUCUGCUCUGCCUCUGCUCUGCACAAAGACGGCGCGGGCUCUCCUGGCGCUGGGGUGACACGGAGGGGCGCGCACGUGGGAGUCCGCUGCUGCAAAUCCAGGUAGUCACUCCAUGGAGCCGGUUCGCUCAGGAAUCUAGGUCUUUUCCAACUCCGGAAAGAAGAGAAUUCCUUCAGGAGAUCAGGGACAACAGAUUUGGAUUCUAUUCUGUGCUUCCAAAUCCCCAGUUCUGCUUGAGAGUGAGACACCCUAGGACUGCGGAACCCUAGAAACAGCCAGCCAAACCCACCUCCACCAUGGGGGCUGUGACUCGGCUGCUGCCUGGCAUCUUCCUAGCUUUGCUUGUCCUUCCUACUGAAAGUGGGGUCAUCAAGAAAGUCAUCCGGCACAAGCGACAGAGUGGGGUGAAUGUCACCCUGCCAGAGGAGACCCAGCCGGUGGUGUUCAACCACAUCUACAAUAUCAGGCUGCCCGUAGGUUCCCAGUGCUCUGUGGAUCUUGACUCACCCAAUGGAGACAAAGAUGUGGCCCCUGCAUCAGAACCCAGCGAAAGCCUCCAGGAGCACACGGUGGACGGGGAGAACCAGAUCAUCUUCACACACCGCAUCAACAUCCCCCGCCGGGCCUGUGGUUGUGCUGCUGCUCCCGACAUCAAGGAGCUUCUGAGCCGCCUGGAGGAGCUGGAGGGCUUGGUGUCUUCCCUGAGGGAGCAGUGCACCUCAGGAGCCGGCUGCUGCCUCCAGCCUGCCGAAGGCCGCCUGGACACCAGACCCUUCUGCAGCGGCCGGGGGAACUUUAGCACCGAAGGAUGUGGCUGUGUUUGUGAACCUGGAUGGAAGGGCCCCAACUGCUCUGAGCCCGAGUGCCCGGGUAGCUGCAACCUGCGGGGCCAGUGCCUGGACGGGCAGUGCGUGUGCGAUGAGGGCUUCACGGGUGAGGACUGCAGCCAGCUGGCCUGUCCUGGGGACUGCAGUGACCAGGGCCGGUGCGUGAACGGCGUCUGUGUCUGCUUCGAAGGCUACUCGGGGUCUGACUGCAGCCACGAGGUGUGCCCGAUGCCCUGCAGCGAGGAGCACGGGCGGUGCGUGGACGGCAGGUGCGUGUGCCAGGAUGGCUUCGCAGGUGAGGACUGCCGUGAACCCCUGUGCCUCAACAACUGCCAGGGCCGCGGGCGCUGCGUGGAGAAUGAGUGUGUGUGCGACGAGGGCUUCACGGGGGAGGACUGCAGCGAGCUCAUCUGCCCCAACGACUGCUUCGACCGCGGCCGCUGUGUCAACGGCACCUGCUACUGCGAGGAGGGCUUCACGGGUGAGGACUGUGGCCAGCUCACCUGCCCCAACGCCUGCCAUGGCCGGGGUCGCUGCGAGGAGGGCCAGUGCGUGUGCCACGAGGGCUUCGCGGGGCCCGACUGCAGCGAGCAGCGGUGUCCCGCCGACUGUCAUAACCGCGGCCGCUGCGUGGACGGCCAGUGCGAGUGCGAUGAUGGCUUCACCGGCCACGACUGCGGCGAGCAGCAGUGUCCCCGCGGCUGCAGUGGCCACGGCCGCUGUGUCAAUGGGCAGUGCGUGUGCGACGAGGGCUACACCCGCGACGACUGUGGCCAGCUGCGCUGCCCCAACGACUGCCACGGCCGGGGCCGCUGCAUACGGGGCAAGUGUGUGUGCGAAGCCGGCUUCCAGGGCUUCGACUGCAGCGAGAUGAGCUGCCCCAGCGACUGCCACGGCCAGGGCCGCUGUGUGAACGGCAUGUGUGUGUGUGACGAUGGCUACACUGGGGAGGACUGCCGGGAUCGCAGGUGCCCCGGGGACUGCAGCAGCCGGGGCCGCUGCGUGGACGGGCAGUGCGUGUGUGAGGAAGGCUUCACCGGCUCCGACUGUGCAGAGCUCUCCUGUCCCCACGACUGCCACGGCCAGGGCCGCUGCAUCAACGGGCAGUGUGUGUGCCACGAAGGCUUCAUGGGCAGAGACUGCAAGGAGAAGAGGUGUCCGGCGGACUGUCACGGCCAGGGCCGCUGCGUAGACGGCCAGUGUGUCUGCCAAGAGGGCUUCGCAGGCCUGGACUGCGGGCAGCGCUCCUGCCCCAAUGACUGCAGUAACUGGGGCCAGUGUGUCGCUGGCCGCUGCAUCUGCAAUGAGGGCCACACCGGGGAAGACUGCUCCGAGGUUUCCCCUCCCAAAGACCUCAUCGUGACAGAAGUGACCGAGGAGACCGUAAACCUGGCCUGGGACAAUGAGAUGCGGGUCACGGAGUAUCUCAUCAUAUACACACCUACCCAGGAGGAUGGCCUGGAAAUGCAGUUCCGUGUCCCUGGGGACCAGACAUCUACCACCAUUCGGGAGCUGGAGCCGGGUGUGGAGUACUUCAUCCGUGUGUUUGCCAUCCUGGAGAACAAGAGGAGCAUUCCCGUCAGUGCCAGGGUGGCCACCUACUUGCCAGCACCUGAAGGCCUAAGAUUCAAAUCCAUCAAAGAGACAUCUGUGGAAGUAGAGUGGGAUCCUCUGGACAUUGCUUUCGAAAAGUGGGAGAUCAGCUUCCGGAACAUGAAUAAAGAAGAUGAGGCAGCGAUCACCCAAAGCCUGAAAAGGCCUCAGACCACGUACCAGCAAACUGGCCUGGCUCCUGGUCAACAGUAUGAGAUCACUCUGCACAUCGUGAAAAACAACACGCGGGGCCCGGGGCUGAAGAGGGUGACAACCACCCGUUUGGAUGCGCCCAGUCAGAUCGAGGUGAAAGACGUCACGGACACGACUGCACUGAUCACAUGGACCAAGCCCCUGGCCGAGAUUGAUGGCAUCAAGCUCUCGUACAGGAUCAAGGACUCACCGGGCGAGCGCACCAUCAUCAACCUGACGCAGGACGAGAAUCAGCACAACAUCGGGAAACUGAAGCCAGACACCGAGUACGAAGUGUCCCUCAUCUCCCAUAGGGGCGACAUGUCCAGCAACCCAGCCAAAGAGACCUUCACGACAGGCCUGGAUGCCCCCAGGAAUCUACGACGCAUAUCCCAGACAGACAACAGCAUCACCCUGGAGUGGAGGAACGGCAAGGCGGCUGUGGACCGUUACAGAAUUAAGUACGCGCCCAUCUCUGGAGGGGACCACACUGAGGUUGAAGCCCCGAAGAGCCAACAAGCCACAACCAAGACCAUACUCACAAAUCUGAGGCCAGGAACUGAAUAUGGGAUUGGCGUGUCUGCGGUGAAGGGAGACAAGGAAAGUGAUCCAGCCACCAUCAACGCGGCCACAGACAUAGAUGCGCCGAAGGACCUCCGGGUCUCCAAAACUUCAGAGACCAGCCUGACCCUGCAGUGGAGGCCGCCGCUAGCCAAGUUUGACCAUUACCGUCUCAACUACAGUUUGGCCGCGGGCCAGCCAGUGGAGGUGCAGCUUCCCAGAGACACCACCUCCUACGAGCUGCACGGCCUGGCCCCUGGGCAGGAAUACACCGUCCUCCUCAAGGCUGAGAAGGGCAGGCACAAAAGCAAGGCUGUGCGUGUGAAGGCUUCCACAGACCACAGCCCCGAAUUGGAAAAUCUCACUCUGACCGAGGUUGGCUGGGAUGGCCUCCAACUCAACUGGACCGCAGCUGACCAGGCCUACGAGCACUUUGUCAUUCAGGUGCAGGAGGCCAAUGGGGUGGAGGCAGCUCAAAACCUCACAGUACCCGGCAGCCUUCGGGCUGCGGCCAUCCCGGGCCUCAAGGCCGCCACCCCUUAUAGAGUCACCAUCUAUGGGGUGAUCGGGGGCUAUAGGACUCCAGUGCUCUCUGCUGAGACCUCCACAGGAGAAACUCCCAAAUUGGGAGAGGUCACGGUGUCCGAGGUGGGCUGGAAUACCCUCAAGCUCAACUGGACUGCUCCCGAAGGGGCCUAUGAGCACUAUGCCAUUCAGGUGCAGGAGAAAGACAUGGCAGAGGCAGCCCAGAACCUCACGGUACCUGGGGGGCUGAGAUCCGUGGACCUGGCUGGGCUCAAAGCAGCCACUCAUUAUACAGUCACCAUUCGUGGGGUCACCUCGGACUUCAGCACAACCCCUCUGUCUGUUGAAGUCUCGACAGAGGAGGUUCCAGAUCUGGGAAACCUCACAGUGACCAAGGUUAGCUGGGAUGCCCUCAGGCUGGACUGGACCACCCCAGAUGGAAUCUAUGAGCAGUUUAUCAUUGAGGCCCGGGAGGCUGACCAGGCUGAAGAAGCUCACAGCCUCAUAGUUCCUGGCACCCUGCGCUCCACGGAAAUCCCAGGCCUUCGGGCUGGUACCCCUUACACAAUCACCCUGCGUGGCCAGGUCAAGGGCGGCAGCUCUCGACCCCUUGCUAUGGAGGUUAUCACAGAGGAGCUCCCAAAGCUGGGAGACUUAGCUGUGACCGAGGUUGGCUGGGAUGGCCUCCAACUCAACUGGACCGCAGCUGACCAGGCCUACAAGCACUUUGUCAUUCAGGUGCAGGAGGCCAACGGGGUGGAGGCAGCUCAGAACCUCACGGUACCUGGCAGCCUUCGGGCUGCAGCCAUCCCGGGCCUCAAGGCUGCCACCCCUUACAGAGUCACCAUCUACGGGGUGAUCGGGGGCUAUAGGACUCCAAUGCUCUCUGCUGAGACCUCCACAGCUGAAGAACCAGAAAUUGGAAACUUAAGUGUUUCUGACGUAACACCUGAGAGCUUCAAUCUCUCCUGGACAGCAACCGAUGGAGCCUUCGAGACCUUUACCAUUGAAAUUAUUGAUUCCAAUAGGUUCCUGGAGACCAUGGAAUAUAAUAUUUCGGGUGAUGCGCGAACUGCCCAUAUCUCAGGGCUCCGCCCUAGUAAUGAUUUUAUUGUCUACCUCUCUGGAAUCACUCCCAGCGUCUGGACCAAAACCAUCAGUGCCACAGCCACGACAGAGGCUCUGCCCCUUCUGGAAAACCUAACCAUUUCCGACAUUAAUCCCUACGGGUUCACAGUUUCCUGGAUGGCAUCGGAGAAUGCCUUUGACAGCUUCCUAGUAACGGUGGUGGAUUCUGGGAAGCUGCUGGACCCCCAGGAAUUCACACUUUCAGGAACCCAGAGGAAGCUGGAGCUCAGAGGCCUCAUAACUGGCAUUGGUUAUGAGGUUAUGGUCUCUGGCUUCACCCAAGGGCACCAAACCAAGCCCUUGAGUGCUGAGAUUGUUACAGAAGCCGAGCCAGAAGUUGACAACCUUCUGGUUUCAGAUGCCACCCCAGACAGUUUCCGUCUGUCCUGGACAGCUGAUGAAGGGGUCUUCGACAGUUUUGUUCUCAAAAUCAGAGAUACUAAAAAGCAGUCUGAGCCACUGGAAAUAACCCUACUUGCCCCUGAACGUACCAGGGAUAUAAUAGGUCUCAGAGAGGCCACUGAAUAUGAAAUUGAACUCUAUGGAAUAAGCAAUGGAAGGCGAUCCCAGCCAGUCAGUGCUGUAGCAACAACAGCCAUGGGUGCCCCGAAGGAAAUCAUUUUCUCAGACAUCACUGAAAACUCGGCCAUUGUCAGCUGGAUGGCGCCGACGGCCCCAGUGGACAGCUUCCGGAUUACCUAUGUGCCCGUUGCAGGAGGUUCACCCUCAGUGGUGACUGUGGAUGGAACAGAGACCCAGGCCAGGCUGGUGAAGCUUUUCCCGGGAGCAGAGUACCUUGUCAGCGUCGUCGCCAUGAAGGGCUUGGAGGAGAGUGAACCUGUGUCGGGCUCAUUCAGCACAGGUGUGGAUGGUCCCUCCGGCCUGGUGACAGCCAACAUCACUGAUUCGGAGGCCUUCGCCAUGUGGCAGCCAGCCAUCGCCCCCGUGGACACUUACGUCAUCUCUUAUGCAGCAGAGAGAGUGCCAGAAAUGAUACACGCGGUGUCCGGGAACACGGUGGAGUACGCGCUGGCCGAACUGGAGCCUGCCACAGAGUACACGCUGAGGAUCUUCGCGCAGAAAGGGACCCAGAAGAGUUCAACCCUCACCACCAAGUUCACCACAGACCUUGAUGCUCCAAGAGACUUGACUGCUUCCGAGGUUCAGUCAGAAACUGCCCUCCUCACCUGGCGACCCCCCCGGGCAUCUGUCACAGGUUACCUGUUGAUGUAUGAAUCCGUGGAUGGUACAGUCAAGAAAGUCAUUGUGGGUCCAGAUACUACCUCCUACAGUCUGGCAGGCCUGACCCCAUCCACCCACUACACGGCCAAGAUCCAGGCACUGAAUGGGCCUCUGAAGAGCAAACUGGUCCAGAUCAUCUUCACCACAAUUGGACUCCUGUACCCAUUCCCCAGGGACUGCUCCCAGGCGAUGCUGAAUGGAGACACUACCUCGGGCCUCUACACCAUUUAUCUCAACGGCGACAAGACCCAGGCUCUGGAAGUCUUCUGUGACAUGACCUCUGACGGGGGCGGCUGGAUUGUGUUCCUGCGACGCAAGGAUGGACACGAGGACUUCUACCGGAACUGGAAGGCCUAUGCUGCUGGGUUUGGGGACCGCAGAGAAGAAUUCUGGCUUGGGCUGGACAACCUGAACAAAAUAACAGCCCAAGGACAGUACGAGCUCCGGGUGGACCUGCAGGACCAUGGGGAAGCUGCCUAUGCCGUGUACGACAAGUUUAGCGUGGGCGAUGCCAAGACACGCUACAAGCUGAAGGUGGAGGGCUACAGCGGGACAGCAGGUGACUCGAUGGCCUACCACAAUGGCAGGUCCUUCUCUACCUUCGACAAGGAUACAGAUUCAGCCAUCACCAACUGUGCCCUGUCUUACAAAGGGGCUUUCUGGUAUAAGAACUGUCACCGUGUCAAUCUGAUGGGGAGAUAUGGGGACAACAACCACAGUCAGGGUGUCAACUGGUUCCACUGGAAGGGCCACGAAUACUCUAUCCAGUUUGCUGAAAUGAAGCUGAGACCCAGCAACUUCCGAAACCUUGAAGGCAGGCGCAAACGGGCAUAAAUUCCAGGGACAACAGGGAGGGAGAAGAGUAUGGCCCAGAGAGAGAAAGAAUUUUACCAAAGCUUCCGUCCAUCCAGUCCAACCAUCAGGCCUCAGCUGGGCAUUUGGCAGGAGUGAAAGUUGGCCAUGAAUCUUCACAGCCAGGGGCAGCAGCCCGGGGCCCCCACUCGGCGACUCCUUCCUUCGCACCAAAGAUGACCGUCUCCAGCAGGUUUCUGUUUUGUUGUUUGAUUCAACAAAGAACCCUCCAGUGACAGCAUCACAUGGUUUUCCUCCUGUUGGGUGGCUCUGGGAACAGGAAAGGGGUAGGCUGUACAGUGGUAGUUUGUUGUAGAACCAGCUGUAUUUUACACAAAGCUGUAUAAUUAAUUAUGAUUAUUUUUGUUAGCAGUGAUUAAAUAUGUGUCAUUGGAAGUCGUCCCGUUUUUUACAUUUCAUACAACAGAAUCCAGAAAAGCAAUACUGUUUUAAUGUUAAGGAUAUGAUUAAUAUUAUUAAUAUAAUAAUAAUGGUGGUGAUGAAAACUAAGGAUUUUUUAAGAGAUCUUCUUUUCCAAAACACGCCUGGACAGUACCUGAUUGUUUGUUGUUGUUGUUGUUUUUUAAUAAAAG